AUGAGUUUAAGAAAAGUGUCCCGGCGUUUGAGCCUAGACGAAUGUACUCGCGAGUAUUUGGAAAUGGGAAUGGACCUAACGAACAAGCGAAAAAGAUAUUUUAGUUUUCACGAGAACUCAAAAUACCGGAACCGAGAUAGGCCGAUAUCUUUUGAACAGCCGGAUAUGGAUUUAGUGGAAGUCGACGAACGUACCGAAACAACCGUAGACGGGUCCAAAAGCACCAAUCAAUUGAGCGUUAAUAAUUACAAGGAAAUGGUGAAACAAUGUCUGUUGGACUCGGCAAAAGGAUUCACUAAUGGUUUUCAAUUUCUUCACGAUAUUGAAUCCGGUAUGGCAAAUUUGGAUACAUUAAAUCGGUGUCCACAGCAACUGAAAAAUUUAAUUGUUUUGUGGGCGUGUUUUGUCGAUAAGUGUAAUAUCGUGGAAGUCUUAGUUAAAGCCGGCGCAAACGUUAAUUACUUACUGCCAUAUAGAGGCUAUGGUGCUGUACACAUAAGCGCUUUGAACGGUUGUGUUAAUUGUUUGAGGUGGUUGUUAAAUAAUGGAUGUGAACCGAAUUGCCGCGUUGACGAUAUGACAGCGCUACACUUCGCCACCUUCACAGAUUCCGUCGAUGCGGUCCAUACACUUAUCGAACACGGCUGUAAACUCGAAUCCACUGUCCUCCAUAGCGCUGUAAAAUCCAGAGCUGUAGGGUGCAUUCAACUUUUAUUAUUCAAAUACAACGUGGACGUUAAUACGCUGGACUCGAUGGGUUUAGCGCCUAUACAUAUUUGCGCUGACCAAGGUUUUUCAGACUGUAUGUACAUGCUGUUGAGUUCUGAUAAAAUGUUAAUCGACCAAAAAGACUAUCACGAAUGUACGGCGUUACAUUUGGCUUGCGAGUCUGCACACGUGGAGUGCGUAAAAUUGUUGAUCGAACACCAGGCUAAUAUACAUGCUAAAAAUAUGAAAUUUCAAGUACCUAUACACAUGGCCGCAAAAGCUCCGAGCGUGGAAUGCAUUGAUUUUCUGAUAAAAGCUGGGGCUGACGUCAACGCCAGAGACAUAGAUGACCGCACACCAUUGCACUCGGCCAUAUCUGUCAAGACUCUAAAUGUUUGUAAUGCAGUAGACACGUUGUUAAGUCACCAGGCAAAAAUCAACGUACAAGAUCACUUUGGUUUUACACCUCUACACAUAGCGGCGAUCAACGAGGUACCAGAAUGUGUAGAGUCAUUGUUGGCCAAGGGUGGAAACGUAGGAAUUCAAACGUACGGUGGUAUAUCGGCACUUAACAUGAUUGUAAGAAAAGUGCCUUCGUGCGUGCCAGCCGUAGCCAAACAGUUGGACAGUGCCGUUACAUCUAACUGGGCAGAUGGGUUUAAGCGUGGUCCGGAGAUACAACUACGAUUUAAGUAUUUGUUGAACUGUAAUACUUUUGGUGAAAUUGAUUUGCUAAAAUGUUUUCAAGAAGAAGGCCAAUAUGAACUAUUACAGCAUCCACUGUGUCAAGCAUUUUUAUUUCUUAAAUGGAGAAAGAUACGGAAAUAUUAUUUAAUGCGACUGGCAAGUUUGGGAUUUUUCAUUCUUCUGUAUACGCUCUAUGUAACGACCGUACUCAGUCACGAUUGCUACAACGCUAUCCAUUUGCCAAAUCAAACUAAUUCGACAUGUUUCCAGAAUAACUCCACCCUCGGUGAAUUUUUAGUAGAAAACUAUCAAGUAAUGGAUGUAAUUAUUUAUGUAUUGUAUUUGAUCAGCAUCAUAGAAGGAUUCUUGAAAAUAUCAGAAAUGGCUGGGUAUAUGUAUGUUCAUCAAUAUGUCCUUAGUUUAAGUAACAUGAGCGAAUGGUUAGUAUUAAUAAGCGUGCCAUUAAUAUCGUUUCAUAUUAGUGGAUACACAUCUUACUGGCAGAAUCAUAUUGGAGCUUUUUGCGUACUCUGUGCUUGGACAAAUUUAAUGAUAAAAAUAGGUCAACUCCCUUGGUUUGACACUUAUGUCGCCAUGUACACUAAAGUUCAAAAAGAAUUUGCAAAACUCCUCUUGGCAUACAUAUGUCUAUUAAUAGGUUUUUCUGUUAGCCUUUGUGUCGUGUUCCCUUCUUCUAAAUGGUUCAACAAUCCCAUUAUUGGUUUUGUAAAAGUACUAGUGAUGAUGGCGGGAGAAUUGGAUAUUUCAAUGUUAGAAGUACACGAUGAAUCUCCGAUAAUAUCUAAAUUUAGCGCUUAUAUUGUAUACGUGGCCCUUUUAGUAUUUGUGUCAAUUAUACUUAUGAAUCUACUUGUCGGAAUUGCUGUACAUGAUAUACAAGGCUUAAAAAAGACUGCCGGUUUGUCUAAAGUUAGAUGUCAGAUUAAACUUAUAUACUAUAUCGAACUAUUCAUGUUGCGAAGUUUUUGGCCAAAAAACGUCAAACGUAGGGCCCUGGUUUAUCCUUCUAAACAUCGAGCUCAUAUGACAGUUAAACCUUUGAAUCAACAACAAACAUUGCCUAGAGAUAUUAUAGACGCUGCUAGAUUUUUAAUUAAAAGAAAAAAACAAGAUAGCUGUGAUGACAAAGACAUUUUUAAAAUACAAGAAAUAUUAAAAGAAGUAAGAGAUUUAAGAUCAGUUGUAGAGGAAAAUCAAAAGGUCAUUAAACAUUUGUUGAUUAAUGCAAAUAAAAUAUAA